AUAGCAGAUGUUGUGACAGAUAUUUUGGUUUCUCUCAAGUAUUUCCGCAAUGGGGACUACAUCUGGUUUUCUCUCACAUUCGCGUGUGUCAUGAGUGCUUCGUUAGUUAUGAUGAUGUUCUCACUAAAGUGGUAUUACGACGACACGCGUAAAGAAGCCAGCAAAACAGCCAUUGUUUUGCAUGUGCUACAACUUGGCCCGUUGCAAAGGUACUGGGAGUAUUACAGAAGUGCCAGGCGCACCAGGAAGGAAACUGCAGAUGGAGAUGCCUAUAGUAUAUACAUUCGACAAUGGCGUGACAUUUCAAUGCUGCGAUUGUUUGAAGUAUUUAUUGAAUCAGCACCACAAAUGGUUCUUCAGCUGUAUAUUUUAGCAUAUAACAGGCAUUUUGACAAAGACAAUGAUUGGUUGACAGCACUUUCUGCUUGUUUCUCAUUGAUAUCUUUGGCAUCAUCAAUCGUCUGUUAUUACAAAGCCCUACGAGAUGCAUCUGAAAAUAAAGGCAAGAUGACAUGGUGGGCGUUUGCCUGUCAGAUUGCUUGGCGCAUAACGAUGGUGGCAUCACGUAUUGUUACCCUUGUCCUUUUUGCCUCAGUCCACAAAUCUUGGAUCCUUCUUUUCAUUUGUCUGCAUUGGUUUUUGAUGACGUUCUGGAUACGCUGGCAGAAGCCAUCUUUUGAUUCCAAUAAUAAAAUCCUAAAGUUUAUGUUCCCAAUCGUUGUGGGAUUCAUAUAUGUUUUUUGUUUUUUCAAUGUGAAAGAUGGGUUAACUAGAAAACGGUUGAUAUUCUUUUAUGCUUUAAUGUUUGUGGAGAACUGUGUCCUUAUGGGAUUCUGGUUACCUUACCGCCACGAGUAUGGUGUAGUAUUUGUGGCAGCUUUAGGAGUGGUACUUGGUGGUUUUUUUAUUGGUGUUAUUGCGAUGGUUUUGUAUUACCAUUGUUACCACCCUAGCUUAUCUACACACGGGAUAUUCUUCCAAAAUGUUCCGAAUGGUGAAGUGGAACUGACCAACUGAUGACCACUUAAAAUACCUUUAGGGCAGGCACUUACCAAUGCGCAAACCGCGCAAUUUCAUAGAACCUAUUAAUUAAGGGAAGGGUUUUAAAUUUAGUUAGUUAGGGUGUGACGCACACGCGAGAAGCGCGGACGAAGACCUUAGAUUUUAGUACAUUUUCUUUAUUAAAUUCUGUUGUUUGAGACUGUUUGUGACUUGUCGGGGACAUCAGCUUGGGGGCAGCAUUUUAAGGCACUAAUUCUUGAGAGUUGGAUCUCGGAUAAAGAACGUUCGUAAAGUACCCAGGCGCAGAAGGAGCAGUUUUAUCGAGAGUUAAAACUAUACAUGAGAAAAAGUUACAAAUGCUGCGCCAUUAGGCUCUGAGUAAAACCGGGCCGGAAGUUCAGGAAUGCAGUAGUUUCAAAACAGCGAAAUUGCCAAAAUUAGUCAUUUCUAAGUAUGAUGGCUCGUAUAUGGAUUGGUCAAGGUUUUGGGGACAGUUUUUUGAAGCUUUAGCCUUUAGAUAAAAGUACGAUUCCACCCAUAAGGAAGUUUACUUAUUUGCGCGAGUUACUCGCUCCGAGUCAGACGGUGUGUUGAAGCCUUGCUAUUCUCAGUGGAAGGUUACAAUCGUGCCAAGUCAAUCCUCACUGAUAAGUACGGAAACGAAUCAGCGAUUAGAAAUAGCUAUGUGAAAGAGAUAUUAGAACUGCCCAACAUAUUUAACGUGAACACUCGUAAGAUCGAGGAAUUCAGUGAAAAAUUGUCCUAUUGCG